GCGACAUGAUCAGCGUGAUCGACAUGCCGCCGCCGGAGGAGUCCAUCUGGUGGAGGGGCAAGCGGGGGUUCCAGGUCGGGUUCUUCCCUUGCGAGUGCGUGCAGGUCAUCGGUGAUAAGGUUCCACAAACAAUCCAGCCCCAGACCCUGACCUUGCCCCCUGCGCGGACUCAGCCUCCUCUGGCCUCGGGACACCAGCACCACACGCUCCACUCAGGCACUCAAGCUCCUACCAAGCCAGUGCUCAGAAAGCAUGGCAAACUCAUCGCUUUCUUCAGGAGCUUCAUUCUAUCAAGACCGUCACGGAGGAAGCUGAAGCAGUCUGGUAUCUUGCGAGAGAGGGUGUUUGGCUGUGACCUGGGAGAGCACCUCCUCAACUCGGGCCAUGAGAUUCCAAUGGUGCUGCGCUGUUGUGCAGAGUUCUUAGAAGGCCAUGGCAUUGUGGAUGGCAUUUACAGGUUAUCGGGUAUAACAUCCAAUAUCCAGAAACUAAGAAAUGCUUUUGACGAGGACAGAAUACCCGAUCUGUAUGGAGAUGAAAGUAUCUUACAAGACAUCCACUGUGUAUCGUCUGUGCUCAAAAUGUAUUUCCGAGAACUGCCAAACCCUUUGUUGACUUAUCAAUUGUAUGAGAAGUUUGUGGCAGCUGUGAUGCAGGAUGAGGACAUCAGAUUAUUAUAUUUAAGAGAUGUAGUUCAGCAGUUGCCUCCCCCGCAUUAUAGAACUCUGGAAUACCUCGUGCAACAUUUGGCAAGAGUAGCGGCACACAGCUGUGAGACGGGCAUGACGCCGAAAAACAUUGCUAUUGUGUGGGCCCCAAACCUCCUCCGGUCAAAGGACCUUGACAUGGGUGGUGUCGCAGCUCUUCAGGAUGUAGGAACACAGGCUGUAGUGACAGAGUAUUUGGUGCGCUAUGUAGAUCUUAUCUUCAACGACAAGAUCCCAACCUUCUCGCAUUCCACGAACGGUGUGGAAGGAACACCGAAGAAGUCUCGCCCCAAGUCGCUGGCCAUUUCGACCCCAACCAAGUUGAUUUCGAUAGAAGAGGCAAGGUCAAGAGCCCUGAACACAGCCAUAAAGCAAGAUCAGAAGUACAUUGAUGUUGGAGGUGGUCCACAGAAUUUGCCCCCCAAGUAUCACACCGUAAUUGAACUCCCUAGUCGUAAAGGUGGCAGUCUCAAGCAGAAAAAAUCACCGUCGGGCUGGAAGAGUAUCUUCAGCAAGGGCCGCAGCAUGCACAAGCAUCAGAGGAAAGCCUCCACUCCCAGUGAUAUUCACCUCAAUAUCUCGGACUCAGUGGUGACUGAAGCAGAUAUUGCACCUUCCUCAUCCAAACGCCUGCGACCCGUCAAGUCAGUAGAGUCCCUUGUCUCUACCUCGGCUUCACUUCACUCGAACAGGAACUCUCAGAUGAUGGAUUCUCCAGAAAAGCGUGAAGCCUUCGACUGGGAGAGUCUGGAGAGGUCUCCACAGGAUGAAAAGGAAAGUAGAAGUAGUUCCCUGUCCAGCCCCAUCCCUUCCCCAAGGACACACAACCGCUCGGUCUCGCAUGACUCCUACUUCAACAUGCUGGAAGGUCGGUCGGGAAAUGUGUCCUCACAAGUACCGGUGAAAGAGGAAGGUGAGAGUGACCUGGACUUCUCCCCAGAGACUUCAAGAAUACACUUGGAUAUAAGUGAGCUUGACCUGAACUUCAGCACCAGUGAGAAAGACCUGAAAGGUUUUGAGGUUGAUACUCUCAAGUCUACGUCAGUGGAGGAUCCAGAUAACAUGUCUAGUUCAACUUUAGACAUGGAAAAUUUGAGCAUGUGUUCAGAGACUGGCAGAAGCAAAGAGAAUUUGAGUCCCAAAGUAGAGAAGAAAAGUCUAAAAGACAAAAUAAAGUACCGGUUCACAUCUCCACCUACACAGCGCAAGAAUGAGGCUUAUGUCAGUGAUUCCAGUGAGGACUCGAGGAACAACAGCCUCAAGAGAGCAUCAACAUCACUGAAGGAUAAGAUAGUUCAUGCCCUCAGUCCUGAGACGGCACGCAGAAGAAACGAAGUCGCACCGAGACCGGCCUCUCCAAGUAGUUCACCCAAACUGAAGCAUGUGCGCACAACAGAAACUAAUAAGGGCAAUCAGCACUUAAAAACAGAUCAGUCUGAAUUUUUAUCUGGACCAAAAGUUACCAUGGAGUGCGAGGGAAGCAUAGAGACUGUGACAGCAGAAGUGCAUGUAGAGCCAGGGAGUCGAGGGUCAGAGGAUGCACGUUCGAGGCAGAGUUUAGACAGUGCUCUGAUAGAUCCCGAGCUUUUGGAUAAAAUUACACAUUUAAGAACUUCACCUUCAGUCAGCGCAUCAGAAAUGAGCAGUACCUCUGUAGCAGAGGCCACUGUAUCUGAUAAUGAGAGCUUCACUUUGGGAAGUAUGAGUAGUGGUGUAACUGGGGAAUCAAAAGAGAUUGGAUCAGAUCAUGGUAGUCUUCUUCCAUCAUCUUCCUCUACUCUGGUAACCCCAGGUACACCUCCGGUCACAAUCAUUGCUGAAAGUGCUAAUUCACUCCCUGUCUCUCCUGCCAUGGAGGACCUCACUCCACAGCAGGAAUUGCCCAAAUCUCGACCAAACUCAUUGCUUGGGCUACCAACUGCAGAACUCCUCACUUUAGGAUCAGCUCUGACUUCCCCAGAGACACCGCAGGGAGACUCCACAUUCCUCGAGAUCCAGUAUCAUCCCCUGAGUGACACAACUGAACCUUCAACACCAAGUGAGUCUCAGUUUGUCCAAGAUCUGGUUGGCAGUGGACAGAUUGUGGCACACCCACCUGUUAUAGAAGAACCUAGACAGUCAAGUCCAUUAUCCAUAGACCUUAGCAGUAGUGAUGACCCAGCUGAAGAUGGUCCUAUGUAUGAAAAUGUAGAUGUAAGUAUUACUGGACAACCAAUGCAGAAGGCGGAGGUUACAUAUGAUGAACCUAAACCAUUGUUGUCUUCUUCUAGCCUUCAGUCUUCCCAAGCUAGUUUUCAGUCCUCACAGACAAGUGGACAAAUGCUACUGGAGCCAGAUGUACCAGGUUCUGAGUACGAAAAUUGCAAUUAUGGUUCUGAGUAUGAAAACGUUCACUAUGGUGCUGAGUAUGAGAAUGUGGACUACGCACCAGAAUAUCAGAAUGUUGAGUAUGAGAAAGAGAAGGAGAAAAAUGAGGGAAUCAAGAAAGUGGCUGGUGACAGAGAAAUAGUGCAAGGGAAUUACGAAGGUGUUAGUACCUCAGAAGAUGACUUUUGUUAUGAGAAUGUAACUCUUGCACAAAGUGAAGUUGCCAUGGAUGUGGACAGUGUCUAUGAAAAUGUAGAAACUCCAGCAAAAGACUCUCUACCAGUAUAUGAAAACCUAGAGGAGAGUGGCGAUGAGCAGGACCAGAUUGUGCCUGAUGGUGACGAUGCUUAUGAAGAAUAUUCUUUCAGAGAUCAGCCCGAGUAUGAAAACAUUGAAUUUACCUCUCAGGCAAGUGCCCUUCCUGAAAAGGUAGUGAAAGAUGAAAAGAGUGAUGCUGAAAUUGAAGGAGAGAUGGUGUACCAACAGGUAAAGUUCCUACGAAAGUCAAUUCAAGAGGUGAAUGACAUGUUGAAGGUGAAUAGUGAAGGAAAGCAGGUCUUGAAAGAAUCUGGUGUAGAUACUGCAGGUGUUACUGAUAGUAAUGCAGUUGCACACAAGGUGGACAUCAAUGACAAAUCUUCAGAGCUUCCAGUCCAGGUGCCUCAGAUGGGCAACACUUGUGUUCCCAGACCUUCGGAAAACCUGCCAUGUUCCCAGGAAUUUUUACCCCAGCCUGAGCAGGCUACUGUAGUUGGUGAUUUGUGUACCCAGCCCAGUGAAGAUAGUGAGUGCUUAGACUCACCUGUUACUCCCUCUUCAGCGAGUAUGGCAACUGAGGUCUUGGUUCUCCCUUCAUUUGCCUCCCCAACAGAGUCCACAACAGAUGAUGUGACCUCCCCAGUAAGUAGUGAUGAUGCCAGUUCUCCUAAACACACCCAAGAACCUCUUGAUCAAUGUCCUUCUUCUCCAGGGAUGAUACCACCCUUAUUACCCAGCCUUUCACCUCCUACUCCUGAAAAUGUACCAGUACCUCCUGCUGCCACCUCUACUCCUAACAGAACUCUAACAAGUAUUAUAUCCCCUGCACCAUGGCCUAGAACGACACCUCGCCAUACACCAAUAGCUGCACCCGUACCACGUCCUCGUCAAUUACCCAAACUAAAUCUAUCCUCUCCACUAAUCUCUCCGGUGUCCACUCCUUCUUCAGUGUCCAUCUCUCCAGAUUCCCCUGCAACCCCUGGUACACCUAGUGGUGCUUCUGCUCAUGCUACACCAACAGAAGAAAAUACUCCACAUCAGAUAUUCCAACCUAGUCAAUUACCCAUUGCUGUUAAUACACAGAAAGCUGAGCAGAUGCAUUUAGACAAACAGAAAGUCCCCCAAGUAACAGGGGAAGAAAAUCCUUGUGUUGGUAUAGUAGAACCAAAGGUUUCUGAAUUGCUGGAGUCAGUAAUACCUGUAGAAAGUGUUAGUACUGAAUCAAAAACUGAGGCAGAAGGGAGGUCUGUGCCAUCUGCACAGUUACCAGUUCUUCAGAGGUAUAAGACUUCUCCAGAUUUCAGACCGAAGGUUAAAGACUCUGAGGAUUCUGUAGUUUUUCAAGAUAAUUUGACCAAGGAAGCAGAGGAUGCUAAUAAACACAUCAGCCUUGUGAGUGGCUCUUUAGAUCUCACCGAUAAAGAAAAGAGAGAAAGAAUUGAAAAAUACAAGGAGGAAAGGAGAUCCUUCUUGAGGGAAAAGUACAAAUCAGAGAGUUUUCGAGGAGAGAAAGAUGAGCUACUGUUAAGGCUGAAGCAGAAGGCCACAAGUCCAUCCCGACAAGAAGACAGCGAUGGACGGGAAGACGAGGAGAUGACCCAAAGUUCAAAUGCUAGAUCUGUAAGCCCAAGGCGAAGAGAUGAUAAGAGCCCCACCAAACAAUAUUAUGAAGGCUAUUCAGGAAGUACUAGUCCUACUAAACAACUUUUAGGAGAUAAUGAUGAUAAACAUUCUUUAGAUCCACCCUUGGGUGCAGAAAUGAAGGAAGAACAGGAUCAGUCUUCAGUAUUCAAGAGAACUUCACCAGCAAGGAGGAGUUUGAGUGAUAUGGGCAGAGUUGGUGAACUUAGAAGUCCAACAAGGACUCGCUUCUCAUCUGGCAGUCCAACUCCAACAUCUCAACGAAGCCUUAGUAGUGGUAACAGUAACAGUGGUGGAGGAAGUGGCACUAAGUCUGGAGUGACAAGUCCACGUUCCAAUCUAAGAAAAUCUCCAGAGAAGGAAGUUCUCCUUCAAAGAUCUAGCAGUGGGGAAUCAAAAUCUAGUCCUGUAAGAAAGACUUCGUCAAGUUCGCUAAAAUCUCCAAGUUCAGAAGCAUCACCUUUCCAGAGAUCAGCGAGUAUUGGGGGGAGUGGACGUAGAAAGAAUUCCAAAGAUGAUAUUGAUGAAGAUGUCAAUGUGAAGGAGCGAGUAGCAAUUUGGAGCAACAGUAGAGUCAAGGACCCUCCAUCUCCUGAAAAAGGCGACAAAAUGCAAAAGACAGAAAAGUCUGUUACAAAGAAACCAGAGCAGAGAAUCCCAAAAGAACCCACACUGAAGAAAAAUCCUGUUCCCACAUCUCCAACGAAAAAAACUUCAAUUCCGAAAGCCACUCCCCCGUCCCCAGGAAUACCAAAACCAAUUCAUCCCCCUUCUGGCAUUCCUAAAGGCAUGCCACCUUCCCCUACUAUCUUGAAGGGAACCCCACCUUCUCCCACAAAGUCAUCCCUGAGAUCACCUGGGAAACUAGGAGAGAGUAGCAGUGAAGGGAGCACUGUAGCUGCUGCUGGAAACGCGGCAGCCAGGGCAAAUGCUGGACAACAGAGACGUAUCAAAGAUAUGGCAGCCAUAUUUGAAAGAGAUUCACCUACAAGUGCCAAGCCAGCUGUUCUUAGACAAAGUUCCAGGGAGGAGAAGAAAGAAAGGUAUUGAAAUGAACUUGCUGUUGUGCAACCUGUCACCAAAGACCAACCUCUCCUCUGAAGCAGCGAUGCUAUAUAUUCACGGGCCUACUCUGAAGUCACCACAGUGGGAAAGGUGGUAAUGUCUGCUCCGGCUGGUUAGCUGAAGGUUCUGAGACACUAGUGAUGGUUAGACCUGUGGACUAACACACAAGACUGCUUCUGCUCUCUACAGACUUGUUGUGGUUACAUUCCAAAUAUUUUUCUCAUAUGUGCAUGUUAUUAAAUAUUUUAGACAUGAUAUUCUCUUCAUUAAUUCUUUGUCUUGCUCAAGGCAAGAUUGUGCCAUUAUGAACUUUAGCUCCAUUUGAUCCAGAUUCACCUUAAACCCAGUUUUCAGAAUGUUUCAUACACUUUCUAGUGUAUGUAUAACAUCAGAUUUUUUAAUGAAUCUUUUUAUUGCUCAGAUUUCUGUGUCCUGUCAUGUAUCCAACUCUUCUCCACCAAUGGUGUAAAUAAUACCAUUUCCACUUGUGCAUCCAGUUUGAAGUUCAUAAAUAUUUGUGUUCAUUCAGUUUGUUGUUAUUGUGUGUGUGUUAAUUCAGGCAUAACUUUUUAUAUUUUUAUAUAUGUAAUUGGAAUUAUGAUCAGUUUAAAUUGUGAGAAUUUAUUUGUAUCUAUUGUACUGACUUUUAUUAAAAAAUUAUAUGUCUUCAAAGCACAAGAAACGAACAAUUGUCAGAUGAUGUGAACUUUGUUCACAGUUAGGUAGAAAAUUAGUUGAUGUCUGGAAUGAUAAAUACCUAUCCAAAGCCUUUGAACAGUAAUCAGAAUGUUAAGAUUAGGAGUAUAAGAUAUGUCUGGUGCAAAAGUGUGUUCAUGAAAGUCCAUUUGUAUAAAGUAUCAUCAGUAACCUGUUUUGAAGAUAUCCAGUGUAAAUACUUGUAUGAAAUAUAAAUAUGAAUAAA